CAAGACGCAGCCGCGGUCAACAUUUAAAUGAAAUUAUCUUCAAAAAGUAAAUGUCAUGAACCAAUCUAACGUUUCAAAUAAAGAACCGAUGAGAUUUUGCAAAUUUUAUGCGUUUUUUUUUUUAAAAAAGUUAUCAAGCUCUUAAAAAAUCACCCGAUAUAUAUACAGACAGGCGGGCAUGUCUAAAUUAACUCAGAUCGAGGCUGGCCAUUUGUAUACAUAUAUACUUUAUAGGGUUCCCACGUUUCCUUCUGGAUGCUUAAAAUACUCUAAUCAGGGUGUAAGAAAUCUUUUUGUGCCCCUUCUAUUAAUAGAGAAAUUUUCCUUUUUAUGAAGUAUGGUCUCACUCCAGAGAUGGCGGAGUACAUGAUAUUAAUAACCAGUAUGAUAUAAGAGUUCUGAGUCCACUGAAGUGUUGGAAAAAAUUUGAUUCACGUAGGCAUUAGUUGCAACUCAAAACUAGACUUUCUUAAUUUUGUGUUUUUUUAAUACUUAAAAUAAAUUUAUUGUACUGAAAUAUUGUAACUGUGGACAUUUUUCGGAAUACAAUGAACACAUUGUUUAAGCUCCUAUGGAAAUGCUGCGUGCUUAAAUGUUUUUCGGGUAUACCAAACAAUACUCUUAUUAAUUCAGAAAUAUUUAAACGACAAAUUUUCAGUACUUCAGAUUCACCUAUAGAAAAUCAUACAAAUACACUUCAUAAAUAUGCCUUAGGCACGGAACGGUAUAUGCGGUAUAAAGUCAAUCAUAUAGCCAGAAUAAUUUCCGAAAAGUAUCACGGUUACGACCUGAGCAACUAACAUUGUCACAAUGCCAUACAGAGGUCCCAGUCCAAAAUCUUUAGAACGAUAACGGCUUCACCAUAGCACAUUCGAAAAUAAAACAUUAACAGGGAUCUUGGUAUUCUUAUAGUAAAGAAAGAUGCAGAGGACAGCAGAAAACAAUAUAUGGAAAUAUCCAAUCCUUGGUGCAAUUUCAAAUCGUAUCCCAAAAGAAAAGAAGAUAUCUACCAGCCUUCUUAAGAGCAACGUAUUUGCAAAUAGGCUCAAGCACAACCUUGAGCUCGUUAAGUUUUAAAAUGGUUUAAGAUUAUAUUACUUUUUGAUAGACUUUAAAUAUGCAGAUUGAAUAAAUAAAGAAAUGCUUAAAACAAAUGUAAACAAAAAUCAUUGUACGGUUCCGUCCGCUAAUAGCCGGUCCCAUCGUAUUAUUUAUUAAUGUUUACGAAUUUCUUCAGUAAAAAGUACAAACAUUCAGCCGAAAAAAUUUUAUUUUCAGAAAUGUUCUAAUUUUGUUGUUUUUUUGUCAGCUUUUAUUUGGAAUUUCUCUCUUUCACCUCCGAUAUCAUUCACCGAUGUUCUAUUUUAAUUUAUAUUCUAUUUUAAAUUCAGUCCGAUAGAUACUCAUGUCCAGAGUAUGUCGAAGAUCGUGAAGCUGCUCGAAUAUCAAUAAGUGAUUUGAAGUGAAGAAUGCAAAUUUUAUAGUUGCAAGAGCGUCGUUACUAGAGAGUGAGAGAGCGUAUAAUUUAAGAGUAAUCUGCAAAUUAUCUUUAGUUAAGGUCCAACCAAAUUUAUACAACCGACUUACGUUUUUUACCUGCUUCAAGUAGAGUUCGAAAACCAAUAGCAACGCCUAAACAUCUACUAACGAAAAUCCAAAUCUGUGAUUACCAUUUUAAAGGGCACAUGGAUAAUAAUUAAUAAUUAAAUUGCAAGGUGCUUCUGUUAUUUUAAACGCUCAGCAUGGGAGUUGCUGAAGAAUUUGCUCCCAGCUUCGUAAAGAAGCCACAACUUCGGCAAGAGGAUGAUGGCAAUCGGUUAAUUUUUGAAUGUCAGCUGUUUUCGUCCCCUAAGCCUGACAUUGAAUGGUAUCGCAGUGACAAUUUAUUAACAGAAAAUGAAAGAACUAAAUUCAAAACACAACCAAUUGCUGAUAACAAAUUCACAGUUAUAUUAGAACUUGAUGAUGUCAUCGAAGCAGACGCUGGGCUAUACAAAGUUAAAGCAAAAAAUAAAUCAGGAGAGGUUUCAGCAUCAAUAAACUUAAAUUUCCGACAUGGCCAGUUUGAUAUCAGUGAUUCUGAUCGACAAAUCGACGGAUUCGCGCCGACUUUCGCGAAAAAACCCGCUAUCCGACAGGAGGAUGAUGGAAAACGUCUGCUCUUCGAAUGUCGCGUCAAUGCAGAUCCGAUACCAACCAUUAGCUGGUUUCAUAAUGGAAAUCUUGUUAAGGAAUCGUCAAGGCAUAAAAUGACAAUUCUAAAAGAUGUAAAUUCAUACUUUGCUUCCUUAGAAAUUAAAAAUGUUACUGUUGAAGACGCUGGAAAAUACAAAGUAAAUGCAAAAAAUGAGCUCGGUGAGAGCAAUGCCACUAUAAGCCUGAACUUCGACAGCGAUGAAGCACCGGUGCCUGAAGACGGUAUUAAACCGACAUUUACUGAACGUCCAGUUAUACGCCAAAGUGAGGACGGAGGCAAUGUAACCUUUGAAUGCAGAUGUGUCGGAGAUCCAAAGCCAACCGUUACGUGGUUUCAUGGCCAAAAGGAACUCAAGGAAGACGGGAGAUAUAAAGUGUCCUUAUCUUUGGAUCAAAAACUAUACCACAUGGCACGAUUAGAAAUCAGUAGUGUUAUUUCAAGUGAUCAAGGAGAAUAUCGCGCACGUGCGAGAAAUCAGCACGGCGAAGGUGUGGCUACAAUCAACCUAAACUUUGAAAGCGGCUCAAAAAAAAUUCCGGAUGGUAAAUCGCCGCGUUUUCCGAAAAAGCCAACCAUUCGACAAGAGGAAGACAUAUUAAUAAUGGAAUGUAUAUUAGAAGCACAUCCAGUCCCUGACAUAACAUGGCACUGUGCCGAUCAAAAAAUUGAAGAUUCAAAGCGUACAAAGAUGUCAAGAAAGGCAAUUUCUAAAGACAUAUAUGUGUUAACAUUGGAGAUCCAAAACCCCACCAAGGACGAUGGUGGAAAUUACCGUUGCAACGCCGUAAAUGUGUAUGGUGAAAGCAAUGCUAAUAUAGCACUAAAUUUUCAAGGUACCAAUGAUAAUGGAUUUGCACCAUCAUUCAUCGAAAAACCUCGAAUUAUACCAAACGAUUCCGGAACUCUUAUUACGAUGAAAUGCAGAUGCAAAGCAAAACCUGAACCCAAAGUUAGCUGGUACAGAGGAACGCAAUCGAUCAGUGAAAGUAAAAAAAUAAAAAUCAAGUCGACUCUGAUUGCUGAAGACACAUUCGAACUGACAUUAGAGAUCAAGGAUCCUGGUGCUGCUGACGGCGGCACUUAUCGCUGUAAUGUUCAAAAUGAGUACGGAGAGUCUAACGCAAAUCUCAAUUUGAAUAUUGAAGCUGAACCAGAACCCGAAGGCGAAGGUCCCACAUUUGUGGAGAAACCACGCAUAAUUUCCGAAAAUAAGGGAAAACUUGUAAUAAUGGAAUGCAAAGUUAAGGCUGACCCAAAGCCAGAUAUAAUUUGGUCACGAAACGGCCAAAUUAUUCAAGAAAGUAGUAAAAUAAAAAUGUUUGUGGACCAACGUGGUGACCAAUACUACAUUAAGCUGGAACUUAUUGAUCCACAAAUAGAAGAUUCCGGUCUCUAUAAAUGCAAUAUCAAAAAUACACUGGGUGAAUUAAAUGCAAACCUGACGUUAAAUAUUGAAAUCGUGCCUGUUAUUAAAGACAAACCAAAAAUUAUCAAAAUCAUUAAAAAACGUUCUGUAGUCAUUGAAUGUACAGUAGCGUCCAAAUUUGAACCAAAAUGUACAUGGUACAAAGAAGAAACGGCGGUGAGAGAGAGCCAACGUCACUUUUACCGUGUCGAACAAACAAAAGAGGGCGAGUUCGCCGUGAAGUUGGAAAUAAAUGAAGUGAUGGAAACUGACAAGGGCUCUUACAAACUAAUAGCUAGCAAUGAAAAAGGAGAGGCAAUUUCCCAAGUAGUUCAACUUAUAGAUAUUCCAGAAGAGGAGCGUAAAUCUACUGUACCAGAGUUAGUUAAAGCUCUUUCAGAUCAGACUGUGGUUGAAUCAAAAUCUUUCGAAUUACAUAUCACAUUGAAACAGAAAGAUCGUAAAUGUAAAAUUGAAUGGUAUAAGGGAAGUAUAUUAAUUCGUGAAACGAAAGAAAUUACAACCACAUUUGAUGGUACAAAUGCACGGCUAACAUUCAGCACAGCACGCCAAGAGCAUUCAAGCACUUACAGAGUGGUAGUCAUCAAUGAGACCGGCAAGGUAGAGUCAACUUGUAAGAUCACCAUCGUGAAGAAGCUUGCUAUGAAAAAAGACACACAACCGGAAACUGAGGAGAAAAUCAAGAAAGGUGAGGAAGAAACUGACAAACCGGAUGAAGGAAAAGAAGAGAAGAAACUAGAAAAUAUAAAGAUUGAAAAAGAAACAAAGCAGAAGGAAAUUGAAAUAAAGAAAAUCGAAGAAGAGGUGAAGAAUGAGGACAAAAAGAUUGCUUCAAAAGAAGAGUCUGACAACCAAAAGAAGUUGGUUGAGUCCAGAAAGGAAAUGACAAAAGAAAAUGAAAAUGAUAAAAAUAUGGACGAAUCACAAAAGGAACCGAAAGAAAAGCGAAAUAAAGUCAUUGAGAAACAAGAAAAACAAAAAGUAGACGAAAUGCAGUCGGCGCCAUCUCAACAGGAACAACCUGAAAUAACAUCUGUAAGGAAAAUAGAUCGCAAGCAACAUGAAGAGUCCAACCAGGAAUUACGUAGAUUGUCUGUUAUGGAGAAGACGGAACUUGAGAAACCUGAAAACAAGAAAAUUGAGGCGAAUAAGAAUCCACAGCAAAUAAAAGAGGAAAUCCCGAAACUUAAGCCCGCUCUAAAACGACAAAUACCAAAGCAAAAACAAGAAGAAAAGACUGUUGUGGAAGAACUGCCAAAAUUACGAAAAACUUCUAUUACUAUAUCUAAAGAGGAACCAAAACCAGAACCGCCUAAGCCUAAAACCAAGGCUAAGGUCAAAGCUAAGCCGAAAUAUGAAGAAUUACCAGAAAUACCGGACUAUGAAAGGCCUGUUUUAGAAAAAUAUGAAAAGUCUGAAUUCGCUGCAAGUGACUUUAGUAGAGAACUUGAUAUACCUACGAAAAUGCAGAAACCGGUAGUAGAUUCAGAGAAAAACGAACCAGAGAAAGGCAUUCUGAAAAGCGGAUCACCGAAGAAAGAAAAGGCCGACCAUGUGUCAGCUGAUGAAUCCACUGGCUUCAAAGUAGGUAAAGGAAAGAUUCCAGAAGAUGAUACUGACGUUGAUUCUCCAAGUUUGCGUCCUGUGAUUAUUGAGCCAGAGACGAAAGUACCUUUUGCUCCUGUUGAGGAUGAUAAGCCAAAAGUGCCAAAAAUUCAGCCGCCUGUAUCAGGAGAACCACCCAAGAUUGAAGUUGUUCGUGAAAAACGUCCUUCGCUUGCACCAGAACCAGCUAGCCGACGGGGCUCAUUAGUGCCACCUGAAAUGGGACGUCGACCGUCGCUUAUAAUAAAUGAUGAGUUAUUGAGACCAGGCGAAGUUGGCGAUGGACAGCGUCGAAGAACGUCAAUUGAUGUACGUCGGCCCAGUGUUCAGGAUCUUGAAGAUCUGAUUAAUAAACCAUCCACACCAUUACGUGAAGUCGGUGACGGUGGUCCACCACAGAUUAUUGAUGUUCAGGAGUCAUAUUCAGUCGUUGAAGACUCAACGGCUUAUAUGACAGUCGGUGUAGAAGGUAAUCCAGCGCCAACAUUUAGAUUCUACAAAGGUGUCAGCGAAAUCAUUGAAGGUGGCCGUUUUAAGUUUCUUACUGAUGGUCAAACAAAUUCUAUUACACUUUGUAUGCGAAAAUGUAAGCCUAAUGAUGAAGGCAAAUAUAAAGUAGUUGUUGCAAAUAUAAACGGUGAAGAUUCUGCCGAAAUGCAAUUGUAUGUAUCUGAUUCUAGUGGCAUGGAUUUCCGGGCCAUGCUCAAAAAACGUCGUUAUCAAAAAUGGGACAAAGAAGAAGAAGAUCCCAAUUGGGGUGAAUUAAAACAAACUGAAAAACCAUUGCCGACACUCAAAAAAGUAGAGAGGAAGCAAGAAUCCUUCUUAAGUCCGCUCAUCGAUCAAUUUGCCAAGGAAGGUAAAGACAAGAAAGUUGUAUUUGAAGCGCGUUUUAGUAAGCCAAAUUGUAAACCCAAGUGGAUGUUGCGAAAAGAUGAACUGUUCACUGGCAGCAAAUACAAAUUCAAGAAUGAGAACGACACUUACCAGUUGAUUGUCAUGAAUCCCAAAGUGGAAGAUGGCGGCAAAUAUACCAUAGAAAUCGGUGGCGUAUCCAGCACUGCAUUUUUGAACGUCGAAGAAGCUGAUCCCAGCUAUACAUUUACUAAACCGCUUAAGAAAAAAAUUGAAGGAUUUACGCAACAUGAGACCACUUUGGAGUGUGCCGUUAGCAGUAGCAUGGCCAACGUGACCUGGUUCAAAGACAAUAAGAAAAUCGAGUCCGAUGACCCACGUUAUCUAAUAUCAAAAGAUAUAAAUGGAAACCUCAAGCUCAUAAUCAAAGAUUCUGUACUCGAAGAUACUGGUCAAUACCGUUGUCAAUUAGAUAAACAACCAGAGAAGACUGAGACUGCGGUGAAAAUUGUCGAAUACCCAUAUAAAUUUGUGAAAGUAUUAAAAUCACUACAAUGCAUUGAAAAAGACAAUAUAACACUUGCGUGUGAAAUUGAUGACGCUACCGGCGAAGUGCAAUGGUGGCGCGGCGAUGAAGAAAUCAAGGGUGAUAAACGCAUGCAAAUUGUUAAAGAUGGUCGAAAACGCAAACUGAUUAUCAAAGAUUGUAAGGUCAGUGAUGCUGGGCAAUUCAAAUGUACAACAAAUGCUGACAAAACUGAAGCUGAAAUUGUAAUUAAUUAUCAGAAUCGUUUUAAUAAAAAGCUCAAGGACACAGAUGCUGUGGAGCGUGAAAAGCUGGUACUCGAUGUCGAAUUGCAAGAUCAAACUGCACCUUGCGAGUGGAAAAUCAAUGGUAAUCCUGUAGAGCCAAAUGAUCGUAUUGAAAUUAAAAAUCUUGGUGGUGGCAAGCACCAGCUGAUUUUCAAUAAUCUUGCCCUGGGCGAUGAGGGUGAAAUAACAUGUGAAUCUGGUAAACUGUCUUCAACUUGCAAACUAACAGUGCGCAAAGGUGAAAGUCGACCAAAUAUUGACUGUCCGGACGAAUUCGCUGGUCCAAUAAAUGCGCCUGUAGUGCUCGAGGUACCAUACAAAGUUAACGGUACAAGACAAACUGCCGUGGAGGCUAAAUUAGUGAAGGAUGGUAAACCAUUGCCUGUUAAAGAAGUUGAAGUGGGUGUAACUGAAGAUAAAAUAACAUUUAAAAUUAAGAAGCCAGCGCGUGACCUUUCAGGUCCAUAUGAAAUAAAACUAUAUAAUGGUCAAGGUGAAGAUAUUAAGAAUGUAACAGUUAUAUUCCAAGAUGUUCCGCAGUCACCACGAAAUGUCGAUGUAGUUGAAGUUUUCCAGACAUCUUGCAAAGUGACCUUCGAUAAACCCAACGACGAUGGGGGUUCACCAAUUAUUAAAUAUGUAGUCGAACGCCAAGAUCUAAGCAAAAAGCAAAGCUGGGAAGUUGUCGCUGAGGUUCAGCCACAAGAAAAACUCUUUAAGAAGAUAGAGGACCUUACGCCAAAAAGACAAUACAGAUUCCGUAUACGUGCUGUAAAUAAGAUUGGUCCAUCGGACCCUGCUCCUUUCAAGAACAUUGUAUUAGCAAAAGAUCCAUGGGAUGAACCCGGCAAACCGAAAAAUGUCGAUGUUACAGAUUGGGAUAAAGAUCAUGCUGAUUUAAAAUGGGAUGCACCCGACAGUGAUGGCGGUGAUCCAAUAACUGCCUAUAUUAUUGAAUACAAAGAAAAAUUCUCUAAUGAUUGGGUAGCAGGCAAGAAAGUUUCUGGCGACGUUUGUGAGGGUACGGUAGAUGGAUUAAAAGAGAGACAACAGUAUGAAUUCCGAAUCCGUGCUGUUAACAAGGCUGGUCCCGGUGAACCCAGCGACAAAACGAAAGCUAUAAUUGCUAAAUGCCGAUUUGUAAAGCCAUUCAUAGUUGGUGAUUGUCUAAAAAAUGUUGUAGUAAAAAGAGGUCAAACUCUUCGUUUCGAUAUCAAAUAUGAUGGUGAACCAGAACCAGAGGCUAAAUGGUACAAAGGUACAGAAGACUUGAGUUUCGAUAAUCAACGUAUUACAGUUGACCAAAUGGAACGAAAUUCAUGCGUUACCAUUAAAAAGGCAGUUCGAAAAGAUACUAGUAUUUACAAGAUUGUGUUAUCCAAUAGUUCUGGUACUAUUGAAAGUGAAGCACAGGUAACUGUAUUGGACAAACCAUUAGCUCCCGGUGGUCCUAUGGAUCCUGAAGAAGUAAGAGCUGAUCAUAUCAAAAUGAAAUGGAAGCGUCCACAGGAUGAUGGUGGUUGCGAAAUAAGUGGUUAUGCAUUGGAAAGAAUGGACGAAGAAACAGGACGUUGGAUACCUGCGGGUGAAGUUGGUCCAGACGAGACCUCUUUCAAUUUUAAAGGCCUUACUCCAAAUAAAAAAUAUAAAUUCCGCGUCAAGGCUCUUAAUAAAGAGGGUGAAUCUGAACCAUUGGAAACCACCGAGCCUAUUAUUGCCAGGAAUCCCUACGAUCCACCAAGCCCACCUAGCAAACCAGAAAUUUCAGAUUACGAUAAUAAGAGCGUUACACUUAAAUGGAAGCGUCCACCGUCCGAUGGGGGUAGGCCCAUAUUGAACUACAUUGUUGAGGUGAAAGACAAAUUUUCACCAACAUGGAGUGAAAUAGCCAAAACUGAAGGUUCCACCCCAGAACUUUAUGUCGAUGGGCUUAAGGAGAAAAUGAUUUACCAAUUUAGGGUACGCGCUCUUAAUAAGGCGGGCGCCUCAGAACCUUCUGAACCAACCGACAAUCAUUUAUGCAAACAUAGAAACCUAAAACCACAAAUCGACCGUUCAACAUUUAAGAGGGUUAUAAUUAAGACUGGGCGCACCCACAAAUGGUCAGUUGAUGUCAUUGGUGAACCGGUUCCAACUGUGCAUUGGAGCUGGCGAGAUGAUAUACCACUCUCCACUGGCGAUCGAAUUAAAAUUGAGAACGUCGAUUAUCAUACCGACUUCGUUAUAACGAAUGUAGUGCGUAAAGAUAGCGGAAUGUAUACAUUAAAAGUUGAGAAUCGAAACGGUGUAAACCUAGAGACCGUAGAACUGAUUGUGCAUGGGAAGCCAACAUCGCCGAAAGGACCGCUAACCGUGAGCGAUGUAACAACGAAUGGAUGUAAGUUACAAUGGAAAAAGCCUGAGGAUGAUGGUGGUGUACCAAUUAAAGAGUAUGUCAUCGAAAAAAUGGACACAGCUACCGGCAAGUGGGUACGCGUAGGCCGUUCACCUGGUGAAAAGGAGCCGCCCAGUUUUGAUGUAACAGGCUUACAUCCGGGAUCCGAAUGUAAGUUCCGUGUUUGUGCGGUUAAUGAUGAAGGUGAAUCUGAACCGUUAAUCACAUUGGUUGAUGUAGUUGCCAAAGAUCCAUAUGAUGAACCGAAUAAACCAGGAACUCCAGAAAUCACCGACUUCGAUAACCAAAGCAUUUCCAUAAAGUGGACUCCGCCCAGCAAUGACGGUGGUGCACCAAUUGAAAAAUAUAUAAUCGAGAAAAAGGAUAAAUCGAAGCCUGAUUGGGAAAAGGCUAUUGAAGUCCCUGGAAACCAAUUGGACGCUUGCAUAGAUAAAUUACAAGGGUAUGGGGAAUAUCAAUUUAGGGUUAUUGCCAUAAACAAGGCCGACCUAUCGCCACAUUCAGUUCCCAGCAAAGUUCAGGUCGCCAAAUACAAAAAACUUAAACCGAGAAUCGAUCGUACAAAUCUGAAGCCACUCUUAAUACGUGCUGGUAAGCCAAUUAAAUAUGAUAUCAAUGUACGCGGAGAACCCCCACCAAUCAUUAAUUGGUAUCAAAAUGACAAAGAGUUAAAAACUGAGACGUUGCCUUCGAAUUAUGAGAUUAAAAACAUGCCGCAUAAUACUAAAAUCUCAAUUAUUGAAACGGAACGCAAGCAUACCGGUACCUACAAAAUACAUGCUGUCAACGAGCACGGUGAGGAUGAAGCCGAUGUUGAAGUCAAUAUUCUAGGACCGCCAGCUAAGCCAAAAGGGCCGCUUGAAAUUAAAGAUAUAACGAAAGAUAGUUGUAAGCUGAAAUGGAAGAAACCAGAAGAUGAUGGAGGCAAGCCAGUUACAGCCUAUCAAGUUGAGAAGUUUGACAAGAAACAAGGGCGCUGGGUACCUGUUGGGCGCACCUCCGGUAAUGAUACGGAAAUCGACGUCAAAGGCCUUCAAGAGGGCCAUGAAUAUCUCGUCAAAGCGAAUCAAAUUGUUGGUCGAGUUCAAAGAGAUGAUUAUAAUGAACAUAUAAAUGACAAUGGAGGUGCGCCAUCCGGUUAUGUAAUUGAAAAGAAAGACAAAUAUUCGGCUAUUUGGGAUGAGGUGUUAGUAACAAACACACCUAAUGCAGAGGCAACCGUUGAUGGUCUAAUUGAAGGCAAUGUCUAUCAAUUCCGUGUUCGUGCUGUAAAUAAAGCCGGCCCUGGUGAACCUAGUGCUGCGACGGAACCUCACGUAGCUAAGCCAAGAAAUUUGAUACCGCAUAUCAACCGCGACAAAAUGAAGCCUAUAAAAGUGCGAGCAGGUCAAACAGCUAAGUUUGAUGUUGAUGUAAAAGGUGAACCAGCACCAACACUUACAUGGAUAUUCAAGGAGAAAGAGCUAUCCAACGACAACCAAGUGCGUUUGGAAAAUGAGGAAUAUAAUACGAAACUGACGAUACUGUACACAACACGUGGCCAAACCGGCACUUAUAAAUUAAAAGCUGAAAAUAUAAAUGGCGUCGAUGAGGCAGAAGUUGAAGUUGUUGUACUGGACAAACCGUCAAAACCUGAAGGACCUCUAGUAGCAUUUGAUAUACUUAAGGAAGGUUGCAAACUGAAAUGGAGAAAACCAAAAGAUGACGGUGGCGUACCACUGACUAGUUAUGUAAUUGAAAAAAUGGACACAUCAGUUGGUCGAUGGCUGCCAGCAGGCUCUGUUGAUCCUGAAAAGACAGAGCAUGAAAUUAAAGGUCUUGAGCCUAAUCAUCGGUAUCAGUUCCGUGUUAAGGCGGUCAACGAGGAAGGCGAAUCAGAGCCUUUAGAAACUGAGAAUGUAAUGGUGGCAAAGAAUCCGUUUGAUGUGUCCGCACCACCUGGUUUACCAGAGUUAGAAGACUGGGAUGAAAAUCAUGUUAAACUAAAAUGGGAGCCGCCAAUUCGCGAUGGAGGUGUUCCAAUAACUGGCUAUGUAAUUGAAAUGAUGGACAAAGAUUCUGGGGAGUUUAUCAAAGCCGCGGAAGUUGAUGGCCCGAUAUGUAAGGCCACAGUUAAGAAACUAGAAGAAGGACAGCAAUAUAAAUUCCGAGUACGCGCCAUAAAUAAAGCCGGCACUUCUGAGCCAUCUGAGCAAACUAACUGGCAUACAGCCAAGCCACGCUUCCUAAAGCCGCAUAUUGAUCGUACAAAUUUAAAACCAGUUAUGGUGAAAGUUGGUCUAUCCAUAAGUUUAGAUAUUGCUGUUAAAGGUGAACCUGUGCCUAAAAUUGAAUGGUUCUUUGGAGAACAACCAUUGAUAUCCGAAGCAGAAGGUAUUAAGCUUGAUAGUGUUGACUAUAAUACCAAAUUCUUUGUAAUGCGUGCUAAACGGCCACAAAGUGGAAAGUAUGUUAUAAAAGCCAAAAAUAAAGUUGGCGAAGAUGUUGCUGAAUUAGAUAUUACUGUUUUGGGUAAACCGGGUAAACCAAAAGGUCCACUAGAAGUUAACGAUAUUAAUAAGCAUGGUUGCAAAUUGAAAUGGAAAAAGCCCUUAGAUGAUGGUGGCGCUCCAAUCGAAUAUUAUGAAAUUGAAAAACUAGAUCCACAUACGGGGCAAUGGUUGCCAUGUGGUAAAAGCACUGAGCCUGAAGCCAAAAUAAUAGGUCUGCAAGAAGGCAAACCAUAUAAAUUCCGAGUAAGGGCUAUUAAUAAGGAGGGUGAAUCGGAACCUUUGGAAACUGAGAAACCAAUUAUAGCGAAGAAUCCAUUCGAUGAACCAGAUAAACCUGGUCGACCAGAACCAACCAACUGGGAUAAAGAUUUUAUCGAUUUAGUCUGGGACCCACCACAAACUGAUGGAGGUGCACCAAUUCAAAAGUAUAUUAUUCAAAUGCAUGACAAAUCUGGGCGCGGAUGGGUUGACGCUGCUACUGUACCGGGAGACCAUACAAAAGGUACUGUUACUAACGUAGAAGAAGGCCAUGAGUAUGAAUUUCGUAUUGUGGCAGUUAAUAAAGCUGGACCUAGUGAACCCAGCGAUAUUUCAAAACCAGUUGUUGCCAAGCCGCGUUUCCUUAAACCACAUAUUGAUCGUACGACUUUACAAAAGAAAGUACUGCGCAGCGGCCAACUGUUUCACAUGGAAGCAGCUGUAAAAGCCGAACCACCCGCUAAAGUGACCUGGACAUAUAAUGGCCAAGUGCUGAAAUCAAAUGAACGCAUUAAAAUUGAAAAUGAAGAUUAUAAAACUACAUUUAUUAUGCCAAAAGUUAAGCGUGCAGACAAAGGUAUAUAUAUUGUGACAGCUAAAAAUGAUUCCGGUACUGAUACUGUUAAGGUGGAACUGGAAGUACUAUGCAAGCCGGGUAAACCCAAAGGCCCGCUUGCUGUUUCUGAUGUAACAGCCGAAUCAGUUCAUUUGAAAUGGGACAAACCCGAAGAUGAUGGAGGAGAACCAAUAGAGCACUAUGUUGUUGAACGCAUGGAUACUGAAACAGGGCGCUGGGUACCAGUAUGCACAACUAAGUUACCAGAAGCCGAGGUUACAGGAUUGGUCGAAGGUAAACAAUACAUGUUCCGAGUUAAAGCAGUUAAUACAGAAGGUGAUUCAGAACCUUUGGGUACCGAAACAUCAAUCACGGCUAAAAAUCCAUACGAUGCUGCUGAUGCUCCAGGGAAACCACGAGUAUCUGAUUGGUCGGCUAGCCAUGCUGAUUUAUCUUGGCGUCCCCCACAAAAUAACGGCGGGGCACCGAUUAUCGGAUACAUUAUAGAAAAAAAAGAUAAUAACACUGGAAAAUGGCAGAAAGUUUUAGAAACUAGUACACCUGAUUGUAAAGCACGAGUUAAUGAUUUAAUCGAAGGUACGAAAUACCAGUUCCGAGUGAAGGCUGUAAACAAAGCCGGACAUAGUAAGCCUUCUGAAUCUUCAGAUCAGUUGACGGCAAAGGAUCGCUUUGCGCCGCCUAAAAUAGAUAGAACAAAUAUAAAAGAUAUAAUAAUCAAAGCUGGACAGCAUGUGCGUCUUGAUAUCAAAGUGUCAGGAGAGCCUCCAGCAACUAAAACUUGGUUCCAUAAUAAAGCUCGCAUGGAAGAUCAAACCGGUGAUAUAAAUAUCGAUUUGGAGCAUUAUCGUACCAAGUUUUCUAUACCUAUUGCAAAGCGUAAAAAUACUGGAAAAUAUACAAUCAAAGCCGAAAACGAUUCAGGUCAUGAUGAGGCUACGUUUGAAAUCAUAGUUUUGGAUAAACCUGAUAAACCAGAGGGACCCUUGAGGGUUCAAGAUGUACACAAAGAAGGUUGUCAAUUGAAAUGGAAUCCACCAUUAGAUAACGGUGGUCUACCAAUAGAGUACUAUGUGGUUGAGAAAAUGGAUUUGGAAAGCGGGCGUUGGUUACCAGCUGUACGCGUUAAAGAACCUUUCGCCGAGCUCAGUAAUUUAGAAGCGGGACAUGAAUAUAAAUUCCGUGUAGUGGCAGUAAAUACAGAGGGAGAGUCAGAACCCUUAGUUAGUGAACAUUCAGUUAUAGCAAAGAACCCAUUCGAUGAACCUGGUAAACCAGGAACACCUGAAGCUGUUGAUUGGGAUAAGGAUUGUGUAGAUUUGGUGUGGAGGCCACCAUUAAAUGAUGGUGGGGCUCCAAUUACAGGUUAUAUUAUUGAAAAACGUGAGAAAGGAACUGAUCGCUGGAUUAAAGCAGCAGAAAUACCAGCUGGACCAGGAAUUGACGAGUGUAGAGGUACUGUGCCAAAUCUUGAUGAAAAUUGUGAAUAUGAAUUCCGCGUAAGAGCCAUAAACAAAGCAGGCGCUGGAGAGCCUUCUGAUGCAAGCAAGUCUGUAAUUACAAAACCAAGGAAAUUGGCUCCAAAAAUUGACCGUCGCCACAUUCAUACCUAUAAUGUGAAAGCCGGAGAACGAAUAUACUUAGACAUACAGGUAACGGGCGAACCAGCACCCGAUGUUACGUGGUCCCAAUCCGGCAAAUCUAUAAUAUCCACAUCCAGUAGACGCACUGAAAACAUACCUAAUAGUACAAAAUAUUUUAAUGAGUCUCCUGAACGCAAGGAUACUGGUCUAUACAAAAUUGUCGCAACAAAUAAAUAUGGUCAAGAUGAAGUUGAAUUCCAGGUCAAUAUAAUAGCUAAGCCUGGUCAACCUGAAGGCCCGCUCAAUGUUUCAAAUAUACAUAAGGAGGGUUGCAAGCUUAAAUGGAAUAAGCCUAAAGAUGAUGGUGGUGAACCUAUUGAAGGAUAUUUGGUGGAGAAGUUUGAUCCUGAUACUGGCAUUUGGUUGCUGGUAGGUAAAGCUGAAGGACCUGAAUUUGAAGUUGAUGGUUUGAUUCCUGGCCAUGAGUAUAAAUUCCGAGUUAAAGCUUUGAACAAAGAAGGAGAGUCGGAACCAUUAGAAACAUUUGGAUCCAUCAUUGCGAAGGAUCCUUUUGUAACACCGUCACAGCCAGGUGCACCGGAGCCAAAAGAUUGGACAGCAAACAAGGUUGAACUAGUUUGGCAAGAACCAGCUUCAAAUGGUGGUUCUCCAAUAACCGGAUACAUAGUCGAAAUGAAAGAUAAAUAUAGUCCAAUAUGGGAAAAAGCUUUAGAAACAAGUGAUCAUAAACCCACAGCCAUCAUUCAUGGCUUAGUUGAAGGCAAUGAGUACCAAUUUAGAGUUGUGGCCGUAAAUAAAGCAGGCUCUUCGGAAGCAUCUGACUCUAGUAAAACGUUUAUUGCUAAACCUCGUUUUCUUCCUCCGAAAAUUGAUCGACGAAAUUUACGUGACGUUACUAUUUCUGCUGGCGCUCCACUGAAAUUCGACGCUGUUAUUACAGGUGAACCAGCACCUAAAGUUGAAUGGCGCUUUAACAACUGCCCUUUGCAAUCCGGUAACACCGUUACAAUUGAGAGUCCGGAUUAUUAUACAAAAAUUGUGGUUAGGCCAACAACCCGUGGAGAUUCUGGUGAAUACGUUGUGAAAGCUACCAACAGCUCCGGUAAAGAUAGUGUUCUAAUAAAUGUCGUUAUAACAGACAAACCUAGUCCACCAAAGGGUCCAUUGCAAAUUUCUGAAGUUCACAAAGAAGGUUGCCAUCUCAAAUGGAAGCGUCCUGGUGAUGAUGGUGGCACACCCAUUGAAUAUUUCCAAGUUGAUAAGCUUGAUCCAAAAACUGGUUGUUGGAUACCGGUGUGCCGUUCUAAUGAGCCGCAAGCGGAUGUUACUGGACUGGAAACAGGCGGCGAAUACAAAUUUCGUAUUUUGGCUGUAAAUGCUGAAGGAGAAUCAGCCCCAUUAAUAAGCGAUGAGUCCAUAAUAGCCAAAAAUCCUUUCGACCAACCUGGAAAGCCACAAGAUCUUCGCGCUACUGACUGGGAUAAGGAUCAUGUUGAUUUAGCUUGGACUCCACCAUUAGUUGAUGGAGGUUCUCCAAUUACAGGAUAUAUUAUUGAAAAGAAGGAUAAAUAUGGGCAAUGGGAGAAAGCAGUUGAGGUUCCGCCGGAUCAUUGCAAAGCGUUUGUACCUGACCUAAUUGAGGGACAAUCGUAUGAGUUCCGUGUAUCUGCUGUAAGCGCUGGGGGCAUUGGUGAACCAUCUGAUGCUACUGUACGAGUUAUAGCAAAACCCCGUAACAAGGCACCAUUAAUUGAUCGUACAAAUCUAAAUGAAGUACGCAUAAAAGCUGGUCAAACGUUCACAUUUGAUGUGAAAGUAUCAGGCGAGCCUGCUCCACAAACCAAGUGGUGGCAUAAAAAACGUGAAGUAACUUCAAAGGACAAUAUCAAAGUGACACACAUUGAAUACAGUAGCAAAUUAAAAGUUUCCAAUGCAACUCGUGCAGAGUCUGGUAUUUUCACAAUACAUGCAGAAAACGCUUCUGGGGAAGAUUCUGCAGAAGUUAAGGUUAUCGUAAUCGAUAAGCCAUCUCCACCGAACGGCCCUCUGAAAGUCAACAAUGUUCAUGCUAAAGGUUGUACACUUAAAUGGAAUCCGCCGGAUGAUGAUGGCGGUCAACCAAUUGAUUCUUACGUUAUUGAAAAGCUUGACGAAAACACAGGUCGUUGGACACCUGCUGGUGAAACCGAUGGACCAAAAACUCAAUUUGAUGUAUUAGGUUUGACAUCUGGACAUAAAUAUAAGUUCCGGGUCCGUGCCAAAAAUCGACAGGGAAUUUCAGAACCUCUUACUACACCCCACUCUAUAGAGGCAAAGAACCCUUACGAUGAACCAUCCAAACCAGGUACACCUAUCAUUAAAGACUAUGAUAAAGACUUUGUUGAUUUGGAAUGGUCAAGGCCGGAAAGUGAUGGUGGCACACCAAUAUCAGGAUAUGUUAUUGAGAAACGCGAUAAGUAUUCGCCCAAUUGGGAAGAAGUCGCAAUUAUAUCAGAUGACGUUUGCAUUGGGCAUGUGCCCAAUCUGACUGAAGGUGUUAAAUAUGAAUUCCGCAUACUUGCAGUUAAUAAGGCAGGCAAAAGUGAACCUAGUGAUUCAACAGCACCACAUCUAGCACGAAGCAAGAAUGUCCCUCCUAAUAUUGACCGUAAUCACAUGUUUGACAUUAAAGUACGUGCCGGACAAGCAUUUGAAUUUGAUGUACCAGUAACAGGAGAGCCUGUUCCUAGUAAAGAAUGGUCCCACGAAGGAAACGUGGUUGUCAAUAGUGAUCGUGUAAAAAUUAUAAAUGAAGAAUAUCGAACAAAGAUUAAAGUAGUUGACUCGAAGCGUGUCGAUACUGGCACUUAUACACUAACUGCUCGCAAUAUCAAUGGUACCGAUCGAGCAACAGUUAAAGUAACAGUAUUGGACGUACCUUCACCACCCGAGGGACCAUUGCGUCCACAAGAUAUAACCAAAAAUUCGAUUACGUUAAGCUGGCGACCACCUAAAGAUGACGGUGGCUCUGAAAUUAGUCAUUACGUUAUAGAAAAAAUGGAUGCUGCAACAUUGCGUUGGAUACCAGUAGGUGAAACUGCGGACAAUCAAGUCCGCGCAGAUAAUUUAAUUGAGGACCAUGACUAUAACUUCCGCGUGCGCGCUGUAAAUAAGCAAGGUGAGUCUUCGCCGCUGGGAACUACACAGUCUAUUACAGCUAAAGAUCCAUUUUCACGGCCUGAUAAACCGGGACAACCACAACCGUCGGAUUGGGGUAAAGAUUUUGUUGAGCUUAAAUGGUCUGCUCCAAAACGUGAUGGCGGGUCUCCGAUUACGGGGUACAUUGUUGAAAAACGGCCAAAAUUUGGACAAUGGGAAAAGGCAGUUAAUUUACCAUCCAGUGAAACUAAAACUUUGAUACCUGACCUGUCCGAAAAAGGUGAAUACGAAUUUCGUGUAAUUGCUAUAAAUAAAGCAGGUCGUAGCGACCCAUCCGAUCCAUCAACAUUAGUAACAUGCAAACCUCGUUUUUUCGCACCAUACUUCGACAAAACGCUUUUGGAAGAUAUAACUGUUCAUACAGGUAAAUGCCUGGGUUGGACACUGCCCAUUGAAGCGUCUCCAAAGCCAACUGUAAAAUGGUCAUUUAAUGGUGUUCAAAUUCAGCCAAAACCAGGCCUCGAUAUGAGUCUAUUCCAAAAUGAAUUGACAUUUCAAAUUUCUUCUGCUCUGAGGACAGAUGAAGGUGUUUACACUUUAUCUUUAAAAAAUGAGCACGGAAUAUUUGAAGCAUCCGCUCAUGCAACUGUUUUAGACCGUCCCAGUCCGCCGAUUGGUCCACUGCAUGCAACUAACAUAACCAAAGAAGGUUGCCACAUGUCAUGGGGUGUACCGAAAGAUGAUGGCGGAUCACCCAUUUUACAUUAUGUUAUUGAAAAAAUGGACCUUUCGCGUGGUACAUGGUCAGAUGCAGGUAUGAGUACACAUCCAGUACAUGAAGUAACACGCUUAACACAUCGCAAGGAAUAUAUAUUCCGCGUUAAAGCAGUUAAUGCCAUUGGCGAAUCAGAUUCUUUGGAAAUUCCUCAGAGUAUUAUAGCUAAAAACGAAUUCGAUGAACCGGAUGCUCCUGGACGUCCACUGGUCACAGAUUGGGAUCGCAAUCACGUUGAUCUGCUAUGGACACCACCGCAGUCAGACGGAGGUGCACCGCUAACAGAGUAUAUAAUUCAAAAGAAAGAAAAAGGAAGCCCUUACUGGGUAAACACGCAGCAUGUGCGACCAGACAAGACAUCUGCUACUGUACUUGGUUUGACAGAAAGGCAGGAAUAUGAAUUCCGCGUUAUAGCAGUUAAUAAAGCAGGACAGUCAGAACCCUCAGAAUCAUCAGACCUUGUUACAGCAAAAGCUCGUUAUCUCGCACCCAAAAUCAUAACCCCACUUCAAGAUAUUAGAAUAAAAGCUGGUCUUAUACUUCACAUUGAUAUCGAUUUUGUUGGAGAACCUAUACCAGAAGUUAUUUGGAAUCAAAACAAUAUUUCCUUAAUGUCCAAUGAGCGCUCAACCAUUACCUCCGUCGGUCAUCACACUGUUGUACAUAUUGUAAAUUGUCAACGUAACAAUUCAGGUACAUACCAUUUACUUAUUCGUAAUGACUCGGGAAUCGAUGAAGGAAGCUUUCAGUUAGUGGUUUUGGAUCGACCAGGACCACCAAUAGGUCCCAUGGAAUAUGAAGAGGUUACAGCUAAUUCAGUAACUAUAUCAUGGAAACCACCAAUUGAUAAUGGAGGUUCAGAAAUUUCGUCAUAUGUCAUUGAAAAACGUGAUCUAACUCAUGGUGGGGGUUGGGUGCCUGCUUUGAAUUAUGUCAAUGCGAAAUAUAAUCAUGCUGUUGUACCUCGUCUACUAGAGGGCACCAAAUAUGAGUUUCGCGUCUUGGCUGAAAACUUACAAGGGCGUUCCAAUCCUCUAAAUAGUGAUGGACCGGUAAUAGCCAAAAAUCAAUAUACAGUCCCUGGUAUACCAAGUAAGCCAGAACUUACCGACAGUGAAAAAACUCAUAUCACAUUCAAGUGGAAGCCACCAAUUAGUAAUGGUGGUUCAGCUAUUUUGGGUUAUGAUAUUGAACGUUGCGAUUUGACAACUGGUCGUUGGGUUCGUAUUAAUGUUGAGCCAAUACCUAAUACGGAAUAUACUGACGAACGGGUAAGUCCUGAUCACAAAUAUCAAUAUCGUGUAUCGGCUGUAAAUGCAGCAGGCAGUGGAAAGCCAUCGGAACCCUCAAUUACAUUCAGCGCACGUCCUAUGCGUGAAAAACCAAGAUUACAUCUCGCUGAUCUUGUUGGCCGAAAGAUUAAAAUCCGAGCUGGGGAACCGGUUAACCUUAAUAUACCCAUAUCAGGAGCACCUACGCCAACAAUUGAAUGGAAACGAGGUAACCUUACGGUGCAGGAAACGAACAAAAUUUCUUAUAAUACUAACUCGGAACGCACUAUAUUUCGUAUUGAUGAUUCUACCAGGCAGGAUUCUGGUAUGUAUACAGUGACUGCUGAAAAUGAAUUCGGAAAGGAUUCCGCAAACAUUGAACUCAUAGUCGUUGACAAACCAAGUCCACCAAAAGGACCACUAAAUUACACGGAAAUUGCCCCAGAUCACAUUAGUUUAGAAUGGAAUCCACCAGAAGAUAAUGGCGGUAGUGAAAUCACUGGGUAUACUAUUGAAUUCAGUGAAUUUGGCGUAGACAAUUGGCGUCCAGUGCCUGGUUAUUGUUCAAAGACCACUUAUACGGUUAAAAAUUUGAUUGAAGGUAAAAAGUAUGUUUUCCGAGUCAUGGCUGAAAAUAUUUAUGGAAUUUCCGAGCCAUUAGAUGGCAAGCCUGUUUUAGCAAAAUCUCCGUUUGAUCCGCCAGAAGCACCCAAGAAUCUGCGCGUUGUAGCCUAUACUCCAAGUUCGGCAAGUUUGGAUUGGCAGCCACCGGAUUCUUGUGGCGGUAAGCCAAUUACUGGAUAUAUUGUAGAAAGAAGAGAACGGGGAGGCGAAUGGAUUAAAUGUAAUAAUUACCCCACACCAAAUACUAGUUAUACUGUACAAGACUUACGGGAAGGUAAUCGUUAUGAGUUCCGAGUCAGAGCUGUAAAUGCAGCAGGUCCUGGAAAACCGUCGAAACCAACUGAACCAAUGACUGCCAAACUACAACGUUAUAAACCCGACGCCCCUGAGCCACCAAAAGCAGAUCGCAUCACUAAAGAUGGUGUCACACUUUCAUGGAGGCCACCACGAUUCGAUGGUAAAUCGAAAAUCAAAGGCUACUACCUACAAGUACGACCCAAGGAUUCAAAGGACUGGUUGCCGGUCAAUGAUCUUCCAAUCAGUGAAACAGUUUAUCAUGUAUCUAGUUUAAAGGAAGGCGACUCAUACUCAUUUCGUGUAUUUGCUGAAAAUGAUGUCGGACGUUCGGACCCAUCCAAGCCAUCCCAGCUAAUUGCUAUUGAAGAGCAACCAAAUAAACCACGUAUGGAUCUUGGACGUGUACGAGACAUUGUUUGUCGAGCUGGAGACGAUUUCUGUAUUCACGUUCCGUACAUUGGCUUCCCUAUGCCCACCGCACAUUGGUAUUCAAACGACAUACUUAUAGAAGAUGAUGGUCGCCGAAUAUUCCACCAUUUGACCGACGAUGCUGCAUCGUUCGUUGUUAAAAACUCCAAACGGGCUGAUUCCGGACAAUAUAGAUUGCAAUUAAAAAAUCCUACAGGUUUCGACACGGCUACAAUUAAUGUAAAAGUAUUAGAUCGGCCACAACCUCCAACAAAUCUAUGUGCAGAUGAGUUUGCAGGCGAUGCGUUAACACUCUAUUGGACGCCACCUAAAGAUGAUGGUGGCUCUCCCAUCACCAAUUAUAUCAUUGAAAGAAAAGAAAAAUCGUCAAAUACAUGGACGAAAGUAAAUAGUUACUGCACUGUAUCAUUUUUACGUAUACGCAAUUUGAAUAUAGGUAAAGACUAUGACUUCCGCGCUUACGCCGAAAAUAAAUAUGGCAUAUCCGAACCGGCUACAACCUCAGUACCCAUUCGAGCUCGUCAUCCAUUCGAUGUGCCGAAUGCACCUGGCAUACCCCGAGGCAUUGACUCAAGUGAAGAUAGUAUCACAAUAACUUGGGCUAAACCGAGACACGAUGGCGGUUCGCCUAUUACUGGCUAUAUUAUUGAGAAACGUUUAAUAAGCGAUGAAAAAUGGACUAAAGCAAUACACGCACAUUGCCCAGAUUUAACUUGCAGAAUACCAAAUCUGAUUGAGAAUGGAGAGUAUGAAUUCCGCAUUUCUGCUGUUAAUGCAGCUGGACAAUCGCCAUACAGCGCUUCUAGUGACACUAUCUAUUGUCGUCGGCCACCACUUGCACCGAAGAUAACGUCAGAUUUGUCGAUUAGAGAUAUGACAGUUAUCGCUGGUGAAGAAUUCUGCAUUACUGUACCAUACACCGCGAAUCCACGUGCUACACCUACAUGGACAAUAAAUGGCCAAGAAGUCAUCCAAGAUGAGCGAAUACGUUUUACUACAUCUGAUUACAGUUCCAUUUAUUAUAACAAAUCUGCAAAACGUUUGGAGACUGGUUCAUAUUAUAUUACCCUGACUAAUAAUAACGGUUCUGAUACAGCAUCUUGCCAUGUCACAGUGGUUGAUAGACCUAGUCCACCACAAGGUCCGUUAUCUGUUUUUGAUAUAACGCCAGACACUUGUACAUUGGCCUGGAAGACACCAUCAGACGAUGGUGGAUCGCCUAUAACCAAUUACGUUGUCGAAAAGGUGGAUAAUAAUGGAACGUGGACAAAGGUUAGUAGUUUUAUUCGUAAUACUCAUUACGAUGUUAUGGGUUUGGAACCAAAUCGUAAAUACCAUUUCCGUGUACGUGCUGAAAAUCAAUAUGGACUUUCUGAUCCUCUGGAAUUAGACGAUCCAGUGGUGGCAAAAUAUCAAUUCACAGUGCCAGAUGCACCAGGUCAGCCGAAAGUAAUUGAUUGGGACUCUGGCAAUGUUACACUUAUAUGGGCUCGUCCAUCUAGUGACGGUGGGUCACGUAUCCAGGGUUAUCAAAUUGAAUACCGGGAUAUUGUCAAUGAUUCGUCAUGGAAUACUUAUGAAUAUUUAAUUAAAGAUACAAAGUAUCAACUUUAUAAUCUCACAAAUGGUUGCGAAUAUGAAUUCCGUAUAAAAGCUAAGAAUGCCGCCGGUUUUAGUAAGCCAUCACCACCCUCUACCAAAUUUAAAUUAAAGGGUAGAUUUACGGUGCCCUCUCCUCCAGGUACACCUCAGGUUACGAAGGUCGGUAAAAACUAUGUUGAUCUCAAAUGGGAAAGACCAACUAGCGACGGUGGUUCGCGUAUUACAGGAUAUAUUAUUGAACGUCGCGAUAUUGGCGGCGCAGUUUGGGUGAAAUGCAACGACUACAACGUUAUGGACACUGAAUAUACAGUGCUUAAUUUAAUUGAAAUGGGUGAUUAUGAAUUCCGUAUUUUCGCAGUAAAUGCGGCUGGUCGGUCCGAACCGAGCACCUGUACUAUGCCCAUUAAGGUAUGCGAAGUGAUUGGUGGUGUAAAACCAGAAUGGGUUACUCGUUUGCAAGAUCGUAUUGCGCCAUGUGGUAAAGAUUUCACAAUGGAAUGUGAGGCCUCAGGAAAGCCUCUACCAAAUGCCAGAUGGUUACGAAAUGGUAAAGAAAUUAAAAUGGGAGGGGCGCGAAUUGUAUCUGAAAGUAAAGAUGGUAUAUUCCGUUUACACAUUUCUAAUGUACAAUCCGGCGAUGAUGGUGACUACACCUGCGAAGCAUUUAAUUCUCUUGGUUUUGUACAUACAACUGGACAUUUAAAGAUUGGUUCUCCCCCAAUUAUUACACGUUGUCCAAACGAACUGCUGCUCACUGAAGGUGAUAAUACGAAAAUCAAGAUUUUUUAUAAUGGUGAUCAGCCAAUGAAUAUCAGUCUAAAUAGAAACAACGAGGCAAUUUUGGAAAAAGAUGAACCACAUAUUAAAUGCACUGUAUUCGAUGAUUAUGUUACAAUCUUUGUUCGUGAUAUUGCAAAAACUGAUGCUGGACUUUAUCAAAUUCAAUUUGAAAAUGAAUCAGGAACUGCCACAGGUCAAUUCGAUGUACGUAUUACUGGAUUACCUUCUGCUCCCGUCGGUCCCAUGGGUGUGUCUCAUAUCAAUAAACAUUCUUGCACGUUAUCAUGGCGUCCUCCAUCCCACAAUGGAGGCCUACGUAUAACACACUAUGUAGUUGAACGUAAGGAUGUGACUUCACCACACUGGAUUACUGUAUCCAGUUUUUGCAAAGACUUAUCCUUUAAUGUUCAGGGACUAAUUGAAAAUCAAGACUACAUCUUCCGUGUCAUGGCAGUUAAUGAUAAUGGUUUGGGACCGCCAUUAGAGGGUUUGAAUCCUGUUCGAGCAAAAGCGCCCAUUGACCCACCAUCGCCACCAGGAAAGCCAACCAUAACAGAAGUUGGUGGCGAUUUUGUGCAUUUAGAAUGGACGAAGCCGGAGACCGAUGGUGGUGCUCAUGUACAAGGCUAUUGGGUUGAUAAGCGCGAAGUUGGUUGCAGCACAUGGCAACGCGUCAACGUUACCAUUUGCCUUACCAAUCAAAUAAACUGCUCAAAUCUAAUUGAAGGCCGUCAAUAUGAAUUCCGAGUUUUCGCACAAAAUGAAGCUGGAUUGUCGAAGGAAUCCUCUAAUUCUUCUGCAAUUAAAGUAAUAGAUCCACAGGCAGCUACUCCACCAAUUAUUGUUAAGCCACUCGGCGAUGCUACGUGCAUACAAAAUCACAAUGCUCAAUUUACGUGCAUCAUUACUGGUCUACCACGCCCAGUUAUAACAUGGUACAAGGGAGCACGGGAAAUUACUAAUGGUGCACGCUAUCAUAUGUAUGCAGAAGGCGACAACUAUUUCCUCAGUAUCACAGAUGUCUUUGGUGAGGAUGCAGACGAAUAUGUUUGUCGUGCUGUCAACAAGGCUGGGGCUAAAUCAACGCGCGCUGCAUUGGCUAUUAUGACUGCUCCAAAACUAAAUGUUCCACCUCGGUUCAGAGAUACCGCAUACUUCGACAAGGGUGAAAAUGUGAUUAUAAAAAUACCAUUUACCGGUUAUAGAAAGCCAAAAAUUACUUGGAUACGUGAAGGUGAAACGAUUGAAUCGGGUGGACAUUAUACUGUGGAAACAAAGGAACGUCAUGCAGUAUUGAUUAUACGAGACGGGUCAAAAUUCGACUCUGGUCCGUAUGUCAUAACUGCAGAGAAUGAUCUUGGUUCCGAUACAGCCACAAUUAGAAUCCAAAUAAGUGAUCGCCCAGAUCCUCCUCGGUUCCCAUUAGUUGAAAACAUCAGCACCGAAUCGCUGUCCCUGAGCUGGAAGGCUCCAGUUUGGGAUGGCGGUAGCCAAAUAACUAGUUACCUAGUAGAGAAACGAGAACACCCAAUGUCAUCAUGGAUUCGUGUGGGAAAUACCCGCCUUACUUCAAUGGCUAUAAAUGGAUUAACACCAGGAAAGGAAUAUGAAUUUCGUAUUUACGCUGACAAUGUUUAUGGUCGCUCAGAUCCAUCUGAAAUCAGCACUUUAAUUAAAACAAGAGAUGUUAUCAAAAAGAAGCUAGCCGAAAAACGAUGGGAGAUUGAUGAGCAUGGCAAAAAAGUUCGAGGCAAAGCGGACGGACCAAUUAAAGAUUACGACUUAUAUGUUUUUGACAUAUAUUCGAAAUUUGUACCACAGCCGGUAGAAAUUUCACAUGACAGCGUGUAUGAUAAAUAUGAUAUAUUAGAAGAAAUUGGCGCUGGUGCAUUUGGAGUCGUACAUAGAUGUCGCGAACGUAGCACAGGUAACAUAUUUGCUGCAAAGUUCAUUCCUGUAUCACAUGCAGUUGAAAAAGAUUUAAUAAGACGGGAAAUUGAUGUUAUGAAUCAAUUACAUCAUCAGAAAUUAAUCAACUUACACGAUGCAUUUGAAGAUGAGGAUGAGAUGGUGCUUAUUUUAGAAUUUUUAUCUGGAGGUGAAUUAUUCGAGCGUAUAACAACUGAGGGUUACCGUAUGACUGAAGCGGAAGUUAUAAACUACAUGCGUCAGAUUUGCGAAGGAAUACGGCAUAUGCACGAAAAGAAUAUUAUUCAUUUAGACAUUAAACCAGAGAAUAUCAUGUGUCAUACCCGCUCUAGUACUAAUGUAAAACUGAUUGACUUCGGUUUGGCUACUCGUUUGGAUCCAAAUGAAGUUGUCAAAAUAACCACUGGCACAGCUGAGUUUGCCGCACCAGAAAUUGUUAAUCGCGAGCCAGUAGGUUUCUAUACAGAUAUGUGGGCCACUGGAGUACUUGCCUAUGUUCUGUUAAGUGGAUUGUCACCAUUUGCUGGCGAUAAUGAUAUCCAAACUUUAAAGAAUGUUAAAGCCUGUGACUGGGACUUUAAUGCAGAUGCUUUUCGCCUCAUAUCUGAUGAAGCUAAGGACUUUAUCAGGAAACUCCUUCUUGCAAAUAAGGAAAAACGUAUGACUGCACAUGAGUGCCUAUUGCAUCCAUGGCUUAGCGGCGAACAUGGUGAUCGUUCUGAGCAAAUAUCUCGGGAUCGCUACCUUGCAUUCCGUGAUAAACUUCGGAAAAAAUAUGAAGAUUUCAAUAAAUAUUUACUGCCAAUGGGACGUUUAUCUGAAUAUUCUUCACUGCGUAAAUUACUUAUGGAAAAAUAUAAAAUGCACGAAACUUCCUUUGAUCGUCGACAAGCAGCACCAAGAUUCGUCAUCCGACCAUCAUCACAAUUUUGCUAUGAAGGUCAAAGUGUUAAAUUCUAUUGCCGUUGUAUAGCUGGUGCUACUCCAACUUUAAUAUGGUCUCACAAUAAUGUUGAACUCCGGCAAAGUGUUAAAUUUAUGAAACGUUAUGCCGGUGAUGAUUACUACUUUAUUAUUAAUCGUGUCAGAUUGGAUGACAGAGGCGAAUAUAUUAUUCGUGCAGAAAAUCAUUAUGGCUCGCGCGAGGAAGUCGUAUUUUUGAAUGUACAUCCAUUGCCGAAAGAACCACCACGUUAUCGCAGCGAAUCAACGCCAAUGCGUCGACGUGAUCCUUUACCAUAUACUUUCUGGCAAGAAGAAUCAGAAUCGGCACCCAGCUUUACAUUCCUCUUACGUCCGCGUGUUAUGCAAGCACGUGAUACAUGUAAACUAUUAUGUUGUCUCAGCGGCAAGCCUGUACCAACUGUUAAAUGGUAUAAGGAUGGAAGGGAGCUAAGCAAAUAUGAAUACUCAAUGUCGGCUUCAGAUGGUGUUGUAACAAUGGAAAUAAUUGAUUGCAAACCUUCAGAUUCUGGCAAAUAUACUUGCAAGGCAACCAACUGUCAUGGUACCGAUGAAACCGAAUGUGUAGUAAUAGUUGAGGGUAUGUAUUAAGCCAACUCAUUACUAUACUUAUAAAUAUAAUAAAUCAUAAUUGUGGUAUUU